UGGGUUUCAGGCAGGAGGCACUGCAGCAGAGUCAUCGCUUACGCAUUGAUCAGACGAGAUACACCUCGCCCCGGGGUCUUCGCCCUGCCCUUCGCGCUGCCUGGCCCAGUCGCCUAUUGCUGCCAGAGCUCGCCCUCUUCUUCUUCUCACCUCUACUGCACUCCACUCCACUGCCCCUGCUUCUGUCUCUGCUUCUUCUCGCAGCACCCAAACAUCUAGACACUACACGCGUACCCUGCAGUCCUCAUCCACACUCUUUGCUUCCCUUCUCCUUCUUUCUCUCUUUCAUCCUCUCUCGCAUCUUCCUUCUCCCCCUCACACACAAUGGCAAGCGAAGCAACCACCACGGGCGGAGGACCCGCUUCAAAGGAGCAGCCUCAACGUCAGGCUGCUCAAAAGGCUGAGAAGAAUGUGACCGAGGAGCUCCUUGGAGAGGACGAAGAUGAUGAAGAUGAGGAGGACGAUGAAGAUUUCCAAGAGGGAGACGACGACGAAGACGAGGAGGAUGUCAGCGAUGACGACGAGGAAGAGGGUGACGAAGACGAGGAAGAGCAAACCGGUGCCGGCUCCAAGCGCAAAGCAGGUGCUCAGGGUGGAUCAAAGGACAAGGCUGCAAAGGGCGGCGAUGACGAUGACGAUGACGAGGAGGAGGAGGACGAAGAUGAGGAAGAGGAGGAUGGAGGAGACGAUGAGGAGGAAGAAGAGGAAGAGGCAGGUGCGGAGGAUGAUGCACCUGAUGCUGCUGCUGGAGAUGAUGAUGGAGAAGAGGCAGAGGCGGAUGAUGCUGAUCCCGAGGAGGAGUAGAGGUAGAGCGGUAAAGGCUCUCCUAAUACGACUCGAAGGGUCAGGAGGGGAAAGACAGGUGUGGAAGAAACAAGAACUUGUGGCAUGUGGCAGGCAAGGAGAAUGUCGCAGGAGGUCAUGCUGUCAAGCAAAGAUACAAAUCAAGAUAUGUUCAUCUGCACUUGUUCGACUCGCACGGACGGAUGGUACAAUCAGUCUGCAUUGCCUGCAGUUUGAAUCGAUCGGAACGGCCAAUGGCGCAGCUUUUCGGAG